CGCCGGCAAUAUUUGGCCGCGGCCCCCGCGCUCCCAUCCCCAGAGCGCCCUCGCCCUCCGCGCAAGGACCUCCAUGGCCCGGCCCGGCCUUGCCGCCCGCCCCGCGCCGCGCGGGGGGUGCCAGCCCCGCUGAGCCCCGCAGCCCCGCGGGGAGGGCCCCCGGCCCGGCCCGGCCCGGCCCGGCCCCGCCGCCCCCCGCAGCAGCAUGAGCCUGGGCGCGGGGGCCCAGCCGGGGCUCGCUCAGCAGCGCGGAGCCGGCGGACGCGCCGCGGAGCCGUGACGGGCAGUGCCCCGAGGGGAGCGCGGGCAGGACCCCCUUCCCCGGUCAUUUCUCCGUCUGGACCCCGCCCCGGAGAGAUAUGCUCAGCCCAAACCGCCUGGAAGCGUCUCCUGGGAUUGCCGUGGCCCCCGGGCGUGCGGAGUGCGGAGCCUUCCCUCGGACGGCGGGCGCGGCCCCUCGGCUUUGCCUUCCCCUCGUCCUCCUCCUGCUUGCCCUCACGCCCCGCGCCGACUCCUCGUGGUGGUACAUCGGGGCACUGGGCGCGAGGGUGAUCUGUGAUAACAUCCCUGGGCUGGUGAACAAGCAGCGACAGCUCUGCCAGAGGUAUCCUGACAUCAUGCAGUCAGUUGGGGAGGGAGCCAAGGAAUGGAUCCGGGAAUGCCAGCACCAAUUCCGGCACCACCGCUGGAACUGCAGCACCCUGGACCGGGACCACACAGUCUUCGGCCGGGUCAUGCUGCGAAGCAGCAGGGAGGCUGCUUUCGUCUACGCCAUCUCCUCGGCCGGGGUGGUCUAUGCCAUCACUCGGGCAUGCAGCCAAGGGGACCUCAAGGUCUGCAGCUGUGACCCGCUCAAGAGGGGCCGCUCCAAGGACGAGCGCGGGGAGUUCGACUGGGGCGGCUGCAGCGACAACAUCAACUACGGGAUCCGCUUUGCCAAAGCCUUUGUGGAUGCCAAGGAGAAAAAAGUGAAGGAUGCCCGGGCACUGAUGAACCUUCACAACAACCGCUGCGGGAGGAUGGCUGUGAAGCGCUUCCUGAAGCUGGAGUGCAAAUGCCACGGGGUCAGCGGCUCCUGCACGCUAAGGACUUGUUGGCUGGCAAUGUCAGAUUUUCGAAAAACAGGGGAUUACCUAAGGAAGAAAUACAAUGGGGCCAUCCAGGUGACGAUGAAUCAGGAUGGCACUGGCUUCACAGUGGCCAACAAGAACUUCAGGAAGCCCACAAAAACAGAUCUGGUCUAUUUUGAGAACUCACCUGAUUACUGCGUGAUGGACAAGUCAGCAGGCUCCCUGGGCACGGCUGGCCGGGUGUGCAGCAAGGUGUCCCGCGGGACGGACGGCUGCGAGGUGAUGUGCUGCGGGCGCGGCUACGACACCACGCGCGUCACCCGCGUCACCAAGUGCGAGUGCAAGUUCCACUGGUGCUGCGCUGUGCGCUGCAAGGAGUGCGAGGACACUGUGGAUGUGCACACGUGUAAAGCACCCAAGCGGGCUGAGUGGUUGGACCAGACCUGAUGAGACAGGAGCACUGAGGGAAGAAGCCACUGCCAUCCCCCUUGCAAUUUUUUUAAACCCCUGUGCCCUGAGGGCCAUGAUGUUCUGGGAGCUGUAGUUCAACUGCAUGGCUUUUAUUUAAUUAAUUCUACAAAGCACUAAGGAAAGGACUACAGUUCCCAGGAGAUACUGUGGGCCCUUCAAUGUGCUCGGCAAAACUAAUCCCCAACGUAGCAGGAGGCUGCGAUCCUUGCUUAAACUGUGAACCUGCAAAGGUUCUCUUCGCAAAGGGAUGGUGCAACCAAUGCAGACUCGGAGGACUGACUGUCAGGACGUGAUGGCUGAGGAAUCCUGCACCUCCCCAGAGAAUCUAAGUUACAGUAAAGCUUCACCAGCAAAAAACACUAGUUCAGAAUAAUCCACUCUUGCAAAAGCAUUCAUGCUUUUUCUUUUUUGCAAGACCAGAGAAGAGUGUUGUGAAUCUGUAAGACAGUUCCACGAUACCUGUGUUUCCCCUCAAGCAGACCUGGCACAUCACUAACCCCACUGAGCAAGAGUCACCUCUGCACCAGGCUUGUCCCUGUGUCCCCAGCACAGGGAAGAAGUGGAGCUGUAGCUUGGAACUGAACCCUGAAGGACUGCAGAGACAAAGGCCACCUCUAGAUGCUGGUGGACACAGGAGGCUUGAGAAAGCAAAUGAAACCUGUGAACUUACUGGUAGGUUCUGAAGUCAGCGAUACAACAGCAUCUCUGUACAAUUCACGUGUAUGUUGUGUAUACUGCUUAUUAUUUUAAGUCAAAAUUCAUUAUAAACCUAUAUCUGAAAAUUAUGUCCUUUGCUUU